GAAAGCAAGAUGGCUGCCUGCGCCGAAAAAAAUCUGACGGACGAAGAAGAUUUCGACGAAGAUGUUGUUUUUGAGAAUUCUCCGCUUUACCAACAUCUUCAAGACGUUGGACAGUUAGACUUUGAAGUCGGGACGACAACUUCAAAAUGUAAACGGGAAGCAGAGAGCCUGACAGGAGCGCCAGGGUACCAGGCCUGGUUCAAAGGUGUCGUCAUGUCAGUCCUGGGAAACAUCCUCGGAUUUCUCCUCCAGGUUGGAACAUUUCCAAAGCGGGUGUUAGCAGAGGUCGAGCGAGGUUACGUGAAGCAGUACGUUUCCCUGUUGGUCCAGUCCAAACUUCUUCUGGAUGACGACCACCACUUUCUCCAACUGUAUGACCCGGAUACCUACAGCGGUGACGACACAGAUACAAACUGGUUUCUCUCAACAGAUACACUGAAGCUGGAACAGUUCUCCACACAUUUCGGUGCAGCAGUAGUCCUAGCCAUCGCUCUUUUCCUCCAACAGAACUACUGGUUGGUUGUAACACUGCUGGUUCUGCCAGGAGCUCUAUGUUUAACCGGCUGGUUUGCAUUGUUUAUCAGAAGACAUCAUGAACAUAAAUCAACCGUGACCUUGUUAAGGACGUGGUUGGUGGAAGGGGAGAAGUGCGUUACCCUCGCGAGAAAGAGCUUCCGUCACAUCCAGGAGAGAGAACUGGUAGCACGAGGGUUUACCAUGGUCCACGGACAAGUUCCUUUAGAGAGAAUGAUCCACAGUCGGCUGUGGCAGAGUCAACAACAGUGUGCAUCGCUACGGGCGACUCUUGUCCGCGUAACUUCGGACAUGAUACAGCAGCACAGGAAGGCAGUUCAUCAGCUGUUACAAGAUUAUCCACUCAACUCAGAAGUGGACAACACCAACAGUUACAUCAGUGUUAUACCACUACAGGAACUCACCAAUCAGCUUCUGAAUGAUACAUCGCAGGUAGAAGUGAACGAUGACAACAGUUCACUGAAAUCACUGAAGAAUCUAGUCCAGCUCCAAGCUGACCAAGUGUCUGAGUUCGUCCGACGAUUUGCCCUUGGCUUUUCACCCUCCACUCACCACACUUCCGAACCCACCCACGGUCAAGAGGUCAUCUCAUCCUUUAGGGAAACCCUGCAGAAGUUGGGAGAAGUCUCAGAGAGUGGGGCAAAGGUCUUGGAGAAGCAGUAUGACUUUCAGACGAAGUAUGGUGUGGCCAAAGAGCAGGAGAAGAUGUUGAGACCUGAAAACAGUCCGUUGGUGGGUCUGCAUACAGCCAUUCACAGUCUGGGACUACAUCUGCAAGUCACCAUGUCUAGGGUGAACUCAAUUGAAGGCAGCAUCUGUGCAGCUAUGGAUGUCCCCCAGCAGGAUUGGACUGAACUGCAGCAGGAAGUCAUGCAGCAGCUACAGGAAGUGGAGACACAGCUGCAGGCCUGCAAGGAAUGCUGGGAAGAGGGAUCCAGACAACUCCACAACCUGGAUGACAACACGACGGAUGCGGCGCGCUCUCAUGUCGACUCGGAUUCCGAGAGUGAGAAACCGAUCGAUAGCAGGACAGUGGAGGACGUGAUUUCUGUUCUCCUGGUUUCCGCAGACGCGAAUGAUGUCAUAGGCGACCCCCUGAUAGAAGAGCAAGUGUUUGAAGCGUACAUCAAUGAAGAGCACAACACUGUAGACGGGGAUGGGUACGAUCCACUGUUGACUCCAGAAGAAAGGGAACAACAGAAAAAGGAGAGAGCCGAAGCCAAGAAGAUGGUGAGAGAACUUAAGAACGUCUUAACCGUACGGAAGCAAGAAAGGGAAAGGAAGAACAAAACAGGAGACGAGGAAGCAAAAGAGACAGUGAAUAAUCCUCCCAAUGUCUUAAGUGAGCCAACUGAGAAGACGAAAACUGAAGAUGUAGUAAAUGAUGGAAGUCUAAGACAGCAGUUAGAAGUUCCAGAGCAGGAUGACGUUUUAAGACGUUACAGUCCCGUGAUGUCAGAUGUCUAUGGAAGUGGCCGAAGAUCAAAAAGUUCAUCAUUUGAUGAAGAAGAUACAGACCUAACUGAUAGAGUCAGGCUAGUGGCACAGGACAACGAGUCUCAUUUGUACAACACUUCGGAAGAGGAUGGAAUGAACCAUUGUGAAGUGAAUGGGGGAGUAGAGGUUGACUGUAUUCCCAAACUUGUAAAUGGCAACAUAGAACAAGUGGCUAGGGGAGCAUGUAACGGAACAGAUAGUAGGAAUGGACAGAACCAAGAUGACAUUGCGGUUGAGGAUAGAUGUAGGAAAAGCGGUUAUGCCAGAUUGUCUGAAGGUAGCAGUGAGGAGGGAUGUGUGAGUGGGCAGGCAGGACUUGGCGGGUACUCCUUCCAGGCUAGUCUGGCAGCCCAGGCCGUGGCAAGGUCACGCCAACUGGGACUGGGGGCAGCCAUGCUGCAGGAGCAAAGCUUUGGGGACGAGGAAAAGUUUGGUUCUGACAGCGAUGAUGGUGGAGACUAGGAAAGAAAGACAAUCUUACAGAUUCCUUUGUCCAACAUGUAGUUACAUAUACGUGUAUGUCUUGUAGUAUAUCUUACAUGUAUUUGAGUCUUUCCAACCAUUACUAAUUAAAGGUGCUACUUGCCUAGCUGGUUGACCAUACUUCAAAAGUUACAUACUGAAGCCUGGGGAUCAGGUAUUCAGCUUUCUGUUCCAGACUAACAAGAGAGCUAACAAUUUCAUUAUAAAGCAACCUUAGACCAUUAUGACAGAUAAGAAGCGACACACUUAAUUACAACAGUUCAGGUCAAAAUG